AUUAACAGUAUACCGACAGGCGUGAAGAAACCAUGUUAUUAUUAAACUUCGGCAUUUAAAUAGAAACAUUGUAGAUAAAGGAAAAUCGAUUACUGCGACGGUUUAUAAAAUAUUCAUUGAAACUCGGGUUUCUUGUUCACACUGUCUGAAAAAUUCAGUACUUGCAUUUCACAAUUGCUGAUACAUGGUAGAUAAACUACUUUAUACUGAUGACUAAAGAAAAGACAGAACAUUUAUACAUAUAAAAAAUACUUACACAAUGGGUCGUCGUCGUAAUUUAACGAAAGCAGUCUUUUCAAUCAGCUUCAUAUCGAUGAUUUUGAUAUUGUUAAGCUUUCCAAGAAAGAAACAUCAUCUUCCUUUCGUUAAGCAAAGUCAGCAUUGCAAAGCGAAAGGAAAGGUGAAACUGCUAAAUGCCCUUUUUCAAGAUGCAAGCAUUCCUAAAGAACAUCCAACGAUGAUUCGUAAAACAUUUGUUAUUACUUGGUUUGAAGUACUCCUUUAUGUACAACGACGACCUUUAGCACUGAGCAGGGGCUUCGAUUCAUGUGAAUUUAACAACUGUGUGAUAAGUGACGAAAAACAUUGUUUGGAAAGAAGUGAUGCCGUCAUUUUCAAAGGUGCACAUUUGCCAGAGAAUUAUCCUUUUAAAAGACCGCAUGGGCAAGUUUGGAUUUUUGCGGAAGAUGAAAGCCCUUUUUAUUACAAGGAAUUUGGUGGUCAUUAUAAAAAUAAUUUUUGGAAAGGUGCAUUUAAUUGGACAAUGACGUAUAAUAGGAAUAACACCGACAUAUAUCUACCUAAUGGAGAAAUAUGGAAAAGAAAAACCGAUGACAAUCGUAAUUUCCUAAAAAUUGCCAGAAGCAAAACUAAGGAUGCGAUUAUUAUAACGUCUCGCUGCAAAUCGGACUCUAAAAGAGAACUGGUUAUCAAACAAUUGAAGAAAUAUAUUGAUAUCGAUAUCCUAGGAAGAUGCGGACAAAAAUGGAAGUGUGGAACAAUGUAUGUACACGACGAUUGUUUCAACAUUUUAAAUUAUUCUUAUAGAUUUUAUUUAGCGUUUGAAAAUGCGCUCUGUAGAGGAUACACCACUGAAAAGUUCUUUGAAAAUUUCAAUUACGAUUUAUUAUUGGUGUCUAGGGCGGGAAAAAUAAAUUCAAGUGAGGCAAUAUCGAUGCCUGAAAAGGUAUAUAUUGAUUCUACUGAUUUUAAGUCAAUAGAUGAGUUAGGAAAAUACCUUCAACGACUGGCUUUAAAUGAUACAGAAUAUGCAAGGAUUCUAAGACAGAAAAGUCAGUAUUAUUUUCCUGGAUUUCAGGAAGUAUAUCAAAGGGCGUUGUGUACAAUUUGUGAAAGAAUGAACAGACUGGAACACUAUCGGCAACAAAUCACUGACCUUAGACAAUGGGUUAUGUCAGAUAAACCUUGCACAAAUUCAGAUGACAUAGAAAUAUUAUAAUUGUAAACUAAAUAAUGCAUUUGAUGUUUGCUUGCCACAGAUAGAGCGGUCUAUGAAAUGCAAGCUUUUGUUUAUCAAGUAUAAUGAUUAUUGCCGAUAUAACAUUAAAUAAUGACACCAUAGAUCAAAAUUUAAUGUUUAAAUGUUGGCGAGGUCAAUUCUUAACGUUGAAAAGGGACCUUUUCAUCAAAAUUUACUUUUGAAUUAUUGGCGGGGUCAAUUCUCAAAGUUAAAAAGGACCAGUGGGGGUCUAAUUUCAACGGUGUCAGUAUUUAAUGUUACUCUGGCAUUGUUUUUCACAUAUGAAAUAGAAUCAUAAUUAGUAAUUCAAUGGAUGUUAAAUGGUAUAAAAUGUUUCAGUCUUUGAACAGACUGAACUACACGACCAGUCUAAUGUAUUAACAUUUACAUCUCUUUUAUAAAAAUGUUAUGUAACACUUACAAUAAUAAAGAUAAUUUUGAAACGUUCUUUACGAACUGACUGCAAAUUAUAGAAGUAGUUGUAUAUAGACAAGCAGCACCCCUUAGAAUAACAAAUCUCUGUAAAUAAUAAAUGGAUCGAUUACUUGUGGUUAUGAUUGAUAUAGCUGUUUUGUUUUGUGUUCCUACAUUUUACAAUUUGACUCUACAGUUUCCUCUCUGUGUUUGACGGAACAAUUUUGGGACUCCGUAAAAAGGAGUUGUUUUGAUAUAUGUGUCUUUUAGUCUGUUUAGCCAGGUUCUUUAAGGAUGUUUAUAUUGAUAAGAAGUCUUCUUUUAUGGCACUUGGUAUAUGAGUAAUUGCUUCUCUAGACUCGUUUUUAUAUAAAAAAAGACUUGUUGAUCUUUACAUGCUAAGCUUGUUUUUGCAUAAAUUGCUUCUUUUUUUGCAUGGGCCUUGAGACAAGCACAUAUCGUUAUUUAGGUUUGUUCUGAUAUGAAUUAACUAGAGAAGUUGUAUGUUUUAAUAUCAUGCAUUUUGUCACCAAUGUGGCUAAUAUUGAGGUAAGAUGCGCACCAUAAACCGGAUCAAACUCCUAAGUGAUGUUUUAGCACACUCCGGUUUAUUUUGUUGGCCCACAUUGAUUCUUUAUUUGCUCGUGCUUUGUUUUUAUAUAUUUGUGUGUGUAGAUUUGUUGGUCGUAUCAACAUCCAUG